AUAGGCGACCCACCCGCAAUCUAUUACAUAUUUCAUAAACAUAAAAAAAAAAAAGAAACGCACGCCCUUUAAAGUGUGUCGGUCUUUAUCUGCAGGCCAGCAGAGCCGAUAAAUACGCGUGUCUAUUCACCUGUAAGCGGCUAGAGACGUAUCAAAAUGUUGGGCAUACAACUAUUUAACGAAAUCGGCAGCAUCUUUCGCAAUACGCCGACCUUUGCGCUUGUGCUGCAAACGUUGCUGCUGAUCACAGUCAUAUGGCUGCUGCUGCACAGACGAGGCGGUCGCCGGCUCACGAAGGAGCAGCAGGACUAUUUGAUUGAACAGUAUGAACCGGAAUCGUUGGUGGCCGACACGGAUCCAGAUCAUCCGUUGCUGCGCACACGUCUCGUCCAGUCGAGGGUGGGCAAGCGUAUUGUGGUCGAUGGACACGAUUGCCUGAACCUGGGCUCGCACAACUAUUUGGGAUUUCUCGAGGACAACGACAUCUUGGAGGAGGCGUGCAAGUGCCUGCGCAAAUAUGGUGUCGGUUCGUGCGGUCCGCGCGGCUUUUAUGGCACCAUGGAUGUGCAUUUGGACCUGGAGGAUCGUUUGGCAAAGUUCAUGAACCUGGAGGAGGCAAUCGUGUACUCCUACGGCUUCUCGACAGUGGCCAGCGCAAUACCCGCCUACGCCAAGCGUGGCGACAUUGUCUUUGUGGAUGAGGCCGUCAAUUUUGCCAUACAAAAGGGCCUGGAUGCGUCGCGCAGCAGCAUUGUCUAUUUCAAGCACAAUGAUGCCAAGGAUCUGGAGCGCCUGCUGUUGGAGCAGGAGAAGCGGGAUCUGAAGAACCCAAAGAAGGCACAAAAGACGCGUCGCUUUCUCGUUGCUGAGGGCAUCUACAUGAAUACGGGCGAGCUGUGCCCGUUGCCGGAACUGGUCGAGCUGCGCAAGAAGUACAAGCUGCGCCUCUUUUUGGACGAGAGCGUCUCCUUCGGCACCCUGGGCCGCACGGGUCGCGGCCUCACCGAACACUUUGAUGUCUGCCGCGACGAGAUUGAUUUGAUAUCGGCGGGCAUGGAGGGCGCCAUGGCCACCAUUGGGGGCUUUUGCGUGGGCUCGCAUUUCAUAGCCGAGCACCAGCGGCUGUCCGGGCUGGGCUACAUAUUCUCCGCCUCGCUGCCGCCCAUGCUGACGCAGGCGGCGAUUUGCUCACUGGAUCGCUUCGAACGCGAGCCGCACAUCUUUGAGCAGCUGCAGCAGAAAUCGCGCCAGGUGCACAGCCAGUUCGAGCAGUUCUCCAAAUUAAAGCUGGGCGGCGACGCCUUGUCUCCCGUCAAGCACUUGUACUUGAGCGAGAAGCGCGACAGCUUCGAGGCGGAGAGCAAGCUGCUCACCCAGGUGGCGGACAAGUGUAUUGAACGAGGCGUGGCCGUCGUGCCAGCCGCCUACUUGCAGAACCGAGAGCGUCAGCCGAUACGUCCCAGUCUUCGCAUCGCCGUCAAUCGCUUACUGGAGGAUGCGGACAUCUCGACCGCCUUCGAGACCAUCGAGUCCGUUUCCAAUUCGGUACUCUAAAAGCUUAUUUCCAUUGAACUUCAAUUCUAUUGUCGAAUUGAUUGCGUUUUCUAGAUUUCGUCCUAUAAAAACUGAGCACAUUUCUAAUAUAAUUAUAUUUAUACACAACAAAUUAGUAUUGUACCUGGGUUUGCGUCAAUAAUCCAGUAAUAAACAAAUAAAACCCAAA